ACAACUGUAAUUCAGUUUGGCGACGACCAACAGGAAUAUAAGAGUUAAUAAUUCUAAUACUAAUAUUCCACAAGUCCACGCGCGUUCAUAGCUCGUGCUCGUGCGCUCCAGUGGUAAAGUUACCUCAGUGCGCGCGCUCCGAACAGGUUUGACCAGGACACACCUGCAGAGAGAAAAAGGAAGACUUGUGUGUGUGUGUGUGUGUGUUGACUCCAUUCUUUACUUCAGCUUUGACCCUCGAGGACGUCGGACGGAUAAACGGAUAAAGCAAAGGAGAUUUUCUUUUAAAUAAUUAGUUGGAGUUUUUUUAUUGUUAUUGUUGAAUUCAUCAUGAAGCUUUGGAUUGCGCUUGUUUUUGCGGCUUUUGCUGCACUGGCCUCAGCUCAGUGUCCACCAUGUGAUACUAUGAAGUGGGCCCAGUGUGAUAACACCCCAUGUACGUGUACACUCAUGAUCGCUAAUAACACCAAACAAACAGUGGACUGCAACAAAUUGGUUCCCAAGUGUUUCCUGAUGAAGGCUGAGAUGCACAGAGCCAGAACAGGCCAGAGCACCCGUUCGAUCGGAGGAAAGCCCGUAGAGACCGCCUUUGUGGACAACGAUGGAAUAUACGACCCAGAGUGUGAAAACGACGGCAAAUUCAAAGCCAAGCAGUGCAACAACACUGAGGAGUGCUGGUGUGUCAACAGCGCUGGUGUUCGUCGAACUGACAAGGGAGACAAAAACCUGAAGUGUGACGAGCUGGUGGAGACUUACUGGGUCCGCCUUCAGCUGACACACAAGCCAAUUUCAACUCCAGUGAAUGCAGCCAAUCUGAAGACUGCAAUCGCAGACGCCAUCCAGAAACGUUAUAAGAACUUCAACAAAGACUUGGUGAAGGAGGUCGAGUACGACCCAGAGUCUCGUAUGAUUGUCGUGGAUGUGAAGAAAGAAAUGGGAGAGCGCAAGACUGACCUGACUCACAUGGCCUACUACAUGGAGAAAGAUGUGAAAGUUCUGCCCCUGUUUACAAAAGAGGAUAAGUUCGUGCCCACCGUCGGAGGCCAGAAUCUGGAGCUGGAGAACAUCCUGGUGUACUACGUAGACGAGAAAGCUCCUACUUUCACCAUGAAAAAUCUGUCAGGUGGGAUCAUCGCUGUCAUCGUAGUGGUGGUUCUGGCUGUGGUCGCUGGCCUGCUGGUCCUGUUCUUUGCCAAUAGGAACAGGAGUAAGUACAACAAAGCUCAGCAAAGGGAGAUGGAGCAGAUGUAAAUCCUUCAUCGCAGCAAGAAUCUAUCAAGAGUCAGCUUGUAAAUCGCAUUUGGAUGAACUUAUUUUGCAGUGGGUGUGUGCUAUUGUUGUUUUGUUUUUUUAAUGUCAUUUUACUUGAUGAAUUGCAGAUGUAAAGGGACAAUCAACUAGCUUUAUUAUUGUUGUUGGCACUAAUGGUAAAGCCAUUUAUUUAUAAAUUGUAAAUCCGAUCAUCCAAUCUGUAUGCCAUAAAGAACUGUGCUUCUUAAAACGUGCUGCAUUUUAACGCUAGAAUUUCUUGUGAAAUACCCGUGUCAUAGAUUGUACAGUUUCUUACCUUACUGUGUGUGUGUUUUGUUGAACCGUUUUUAAUAAAAAAGUGUUUAAAAAAAUAGA